GUGUGGGUGGGCGGGGCUUAGCGGCGCGGCCUGACGGGACGCCGGCGGCGGGAGUCUGCAGUCGCAACCUCGGCGGUGGCCCGGUGUGCAAGCGUGCGGUGCGGUGCAACAUGGCGGACGCGGAAGUAAUUGUUUUGCCAAAGAAGCAUAAGAAGAAAAAGGACCGGAAAUCUUUACAAGAAGAAGAUGUGGCCGAAAUACAACACGCUGAGGAAUUUCUUAUCAAGCCAGAAUCCAAAGUGGCUCAGUUGGACACAUCGCAGUGGCCUCUGUUGCUCAAGAACUUUGAUAAGCUCAACGUAAGGACAACACAUUACACACCUCUUCCUUGUGGUUCAAACCCUCUGAAGAGGGAGCUUGGGGACUAUAUCAGGACAGGCUUCAUUAAUCUUGAUAAGCCCUCUAACCCCUCUUCUCAUGAGGUGGUAGCCUGGAUCCGACGCAUACUCCGCGUAGAGAAGACAGGGCACAGUGGCACACUGGAUCCCAAGGUGACUGGCUGUUUAAUCGUGUGCAUAGAACGGGCCACUCGCUUGGUGAAAUCACAGCAGAGCGCAGGCAAAGAGUAUGUGGGGAUUGUCCGGCUGCACAAUGCUAUUGAAGGGGGGACCCAGCUUUCUAGGGCCCUAGAAACUCUGACGGGUGCCCUAUUCCAGCGACCCCCGCUUAUUGCUGCAGUGAAGAGGCAGCUCCGAGUGAGGACGAUCUAUGAGAGCAAAAUGAUUGAAUACGACCCUGAAAAGAGAUUAGGGGUCUUCUGGGUGAGUUGUGAGGCCGGCACCUACAUCCGGACGCUGUGCGUGCAUCUUGGGCUGUUGCUGGGAGUUGGCGGUCAGAUGCAGGAGCUUCGGCGGGUCCGUUCUGGAGUAAUGAGUGAAAAGGACCACAUGGUGACAAUGCAUGAUGUGCUUGAUGCUCAGUGGCUGUAUGACAACCACAAGGAUGAGAGUUACUUGCGGCGAGUUGUUUACCCUUUGGAAAAGCUGUUGACAUCUCAUAAGCGGCUGGUUAUGAAAGACAGUGCAGUCAACGCCAUCUGCUAUGGGGCCAAGAUCAUGCUUCCAGGUGUUCUCCGCUACGAGGAUGGCAUUGAGGUCAACCAGGAGAUCGUGGUCAUCACCACCAAGGGGGAAGCGAUCUGCAUGGCUAUUGCAUUAAUGACCACAGCAGUGAUCUCUACCUGCGACCAUGGUAUAGUGGCCAAGAUCAAAAGAGUGAUCAUGGAGAGGGACACUUACCCUCGGAAGUGGGGCUUAGGGCCCAAGGCAAGUCAGAAGAAACUGAUGAUCAAGCAGGGCCUUCUGGACAAGCACGGCAAACCCACCGAAAGCACCCCUGCCACCUGGAAGCAGGAGUACGUCGACUACAGUGAUUCCAGCAAGAAAGAAACAGUCGCUGACGCAGUAAAAACAGCACAGUUAGUUGCUGAAGUGGCAAAAGCCCCACAGGUAGUUGCCGAGACAGUGAAAGUCACAAAGCGGAAGCGAGAGAGUGAGAGUGAGAGUGGGAGUGAGGAGACCCCUCAAGCAGCAGCCCCCAAGCUGUCCAAGAAGGAAAAAAAGAAGAAGAACAAGGCCAAGAAGGCCAAAGCUGCUGCAGAGAGUGGGGGCGAGCCUGGAGUCGGGGACAGUGAUACCACCAAAAAGAAGAAGAAGAAGAAGAAGGCAAAAGUGGUGGAAGUGGUGUCUGAGUAGCGAAGGCCACUUUGAGCUGAGCAAUUGUGUCCAGGUGGCAGGAAGAAUGGAAGGCUUACCGAGAAGACAUGGUUCCUUUUGUUGAGGGAGUGGAACGAAGGUCCUGGACAGGGUGGAGAAUCCUGGCACAUUUAGCUGCUCCCUGAGUCCUCAGUGGCGUUACCUGGUAUGCUCAUCCCAUCUUGUCCUGUUUUAAGGAUAUGGUUGAUGAAAGAGGCGCAUUUUAUGUCACUGACCUGUCUGCCUGUGUGCAUUUGAAGCUUCACCUUCAGACCCAGUACCGCCCAGUAACUGUGCAGCUGUUUACUAAUGGUUGUUUUUAACAACAUUGUAGUCCUCUCCUGGUGUGCUUUUUUCUUAUCUCCUCUGUUUAAAAAGUUUGUAAAAAUUAUACAGUGGAUUGGUGUACAACCAUCACUAAGUGAAAGAAUAGAGCUGACCCGUGUUGUUCACUGGGGUGGUCUUGUCUCUGAUGUCCUUUGAGGACAGUGUCUUCUGGUGGCGGGGGUGGUGUCCCUUUAUGUUUCUGGCCUAGCUGUCAUUCCUGUGUGCAUUUCUCCAAGCUAGUAUGUACAGCAGCGUUCACCCAAAUCCAUCUGGCUACUCUGUUUGUGGUGGAAACCAAGCUGUUCUGUGUUUUAGCCCUCAUUUACUUUUGAGGAAUGAAUUUGCUCGUUGCUAGAAGAAUGUUGUGAUUUUUACAUAUUAAAGUUGAUUCGUGACGUUUUUUAAGUA